AUGGUAUUCAUUGAAGCUCCAGACCAGAUUCAAGAAAGACUUGAAGGGAAGGUUCCCGAAGAUCAUUUCCAGGCUUGCGAGGCGUCCGGGAUGGAGUAUAAGGGAAACGCAGCCGGCAACACCAAGGACUAUCUUGAUCUGACUGGUCAGAACAAGCAGGUUGCUUGGCUUCCGGCUGGAUUUACGGCAAAGGGCAUCGUCGCAUUAGUGUUCUCGUGCGUAUCCGCUUUCCUGGGCAUGGCAUUCAUCUCUGUCUAUGGAGCAUCGGGUAUCCCUGCAAAAAUAAGGAGGCGGUAG